AUGCCUUCGUCGUCGGGUUUGCCGCAGAAAAGAGCCUCUGAAGCAGUCGCGUCUGCUGGAAAGCGCCAGAUCAGUAUCAAGCAGACGCCUGAGGAGGAGGCCAGAGCUAAGGACUAUUUCCAGUCGCAUAUAUUUGAUGAUCGUUUCAAACAAGACCUUAAGAAGCAGAUCGCAGAUUCACAGCCGUAUCGAUGGGGCACAAUCCAAAACCUGAUUGACGAUGACCUCUUGCGCAGCGUGCGCAAGGAAAUCAUUUCUGAGAUCAGCUUCAAGAAGAAAGAAACAGAUAUAUACAAAGUGUUCCAGAGCGGUGAUCUCGCAAAUCUCUCGGGUAUGACCAAGCAGGACCUUGAACGGCUGCCCAGUCUCUACAAGCUGCGCUCAGCCAUCUACUCGCAGACUUUCCGUGACUACGUAUCGUAUGUGACGGGAUGUGGCAAGCUCAGCGGAGUGAAGACGGAUAUGAGCAUCAACACGUACUCGAAGGGCUGCCACUUGCUCACGCACGAUGAUGUGAUCGGCUCACGAAGGGUCAGUUUUAUUCUGUACAUGCCAGAGCCGGGAAAAACGUGGAAACCCCAUUAUGGUGGCUCGUUGAGACUGUUUGACUCUGUCGUGCCAAACGUGCCAAGAUCAGACUACUACUGCAAGCUGACACCGCAAUUCAACCAAAUAGCAUUUUUCACUGUGCAGCCGGGACUCUCUUUCCACGAUGUCGAGGAGGUGCGGGUGGACAAGCAGCGGCUCUCGAUCCAAGGAUGGUUCCAUAUUCCCCAGGCUGGCGAGGACGGGUAUAUCCCCGGGGAGCAGGAGCGCACAGAGGCCAAGUCGACACUUCAGCAGCUUGAGUCGAAGGAGCUCAAGGAGUACGACUUCCCGAAAAUACAGUACAAUGAGCUGCCUCCGUUGGAAACCCAGGAACUGGUCACUCUCGUUGGAAAGGAGUCGGAUUAUCUCACCGCAUUGGAUCUCGAAUAUUUGCGAAAAUACAUGAAUCCAUCGCUGCUGACCGCUGCUUCGAUUGAGCGUCUAAAUAGCAUUUUUGCCGAGGAGUCUGUGGUGGACGUGCACGCGUUUCUGAGCGAGGAAUAUUUAGGCGACCUGAAGAAACAAAUGAAACAGCUCGAGCUGAACGAAUACCCAGAAAUGCCCCAAAAACAAAAUCAGGUGGUCUUUCCAUGGAAACUCGCCGUGCCUCCGCACAAACAGAGAUACUGCUACAUCGACGGGUUGCAGAAACAAAAUAUUGAUAACGCAGAGAGCAUAGCGCAGAUAAACCAGGUCAGGUCCAUGGAGCUGCCGAACUUCGAGCUCACGAAAAACAUAUUUGAGCUCCUGAAGCCAGAAGCGGCUCGGGAGCUGGAAGAGGCGCGGAAGAACAACCCCUCGCUAACGAGUAUCCACGACGUCUCCAUUCGCCUGUGCGAGCUGGCAUCCUUCUUCAAAAGUGUGAGCUUCAAAAAGUGGCUGAUGGCGGUGACAGGACUGCGCCCAACGCACGACCAGAUCCUUGCGCGCCGGUUCCGUCCUGGCCACGACUUUACGCUGGCGUCCAAACUGGACCUAGCUACAGACGACAGGCUUCUGGAUGGCCUUUUGGAGGCCACGCUGAACUUGACGCCAUCUUCCGGUUGGGAUAGCGGCGAAUUUGGUGGAUACGAGCUCUGCAUGGGCACAGACGAGCCAGAAGCCGAAGAGGCUGCCGAGGAAGGUUUGAAUGAGGACGAGGCUGCCAUCUACAAGGCGUCGGGGGACGAUUCGGUUGUCCACGAGUCGCAGGCCAGCUGGAACAAAUUGAGCCUGAUGUACAGAGAUUCGUCUGUGCUGAAGUUUGUGAAGUACGUGAGUUUCAACGCUCCGGGCUCCAGGUGGGACGUGAGCUGCGGAUGGCUCUGCGCUAAGGACGAGACAGAUGAGUCCGGGUAA